AACUCUUUAUUAUUUCUUCUAUAAAUACUCAUCACCACUCUUCUACCGAAUAUCACUCACUUUCGCUAAUUAACCCUUUCUCUUCUUUUUUGUUCUCUCAUCAAUAACAACAACGACUGCAACCAUGCUUGUUUACCAGGAUCUUCUUACAGGUGAUGAGCUUCUCUCUGAUUCAUUCCCCUACAAGGAAAUUGAGAAUGGGAUGCUAUGGGAAGUGGAAGGAAAGUGGGUUGUUCAAGGAGCAGUAGAUGUGAAUAUUGGUGCUAACCCUUCUGCUGAGGGUGGAGACGAGGAUGACGGUGUUGACGAUCAAGCUGUGAAAGUGGUUGAUAUUGUUGACACUUUCAGGCUUCAAGAGCAACCAACUUUUGAUAAGAAACAAUUCGUUACUUAUAUGAAGAGAUAUAUUAAGUUGCUGACAUCUAAAUUAGAGGCAGAGAAGCAAGAGUUGUUCAAGAAGCAUAUUGAAGCAGCAACUAAGUUCCUUCUCCCAAAACUCAAGGACCUACAAUUUUUUGUUGGAGAGAGCAUGCAUGAUGAUGGAAGCCUUGUGUUUGCUUACUAUAAAGAUGGUGCCACUGAUCCAACUUUUCUCUACUUUGCCUAUGGCUUGAAGGAAAUCAAGUGUUAAGCACGUUUAGUUAUCAUGUUUUGCUGUUUAAAUUGAUGUUCUUAAUUGGUAGUACUCUAGUGAUUUUGUUGAGGUUUUAUGAUUUUUUAAGUUCUAAUUAGGAGGUUGUUUCAAAGAUUACAUUUUUAUAUGGUUCUUUUUUAUAUUUAUGUGAGAGUUAUGAUUUUAGUCA